GGGAUAGUAUAGGUAUGGUUGUGUAUUGGCUCCCUUCUCCCCUAUUAAAACCAUUUCACUUCCUCAUCACAUCCAAUGGUCCAAUGACAGGUGACAUUUUCCAGCCUACCCAACCAACCAACCAACAAACCGACCAAUAAUUGGUCAGGAUCGUCCAGACAACAUAUAUAUACUGAAAAUCAGUUGAUAUUAUUUCGGUUUGUGUAUUGUCAGCUUUAUACCAGGAAUACAUCUAGAUAAAUACUCAGUAUCUGUGUUGCACUAACUUCUUGUAAGAUCUCAUAUCUAUAAGUGGUGGGACCGGUCUCACUAGUUCUGCAAACACAGGUUGGUAAACAAGGGAAAUAUAGAAAGUAAAAGUAAAAUAGAGACCUAACAAGGGAAGAUAACAAAGGAGCACCUACUUAGCAAGCACAGAGACCCUCAGAGACCGUUCAGCUAUGGAUCAUAACCAGCUCCGAGACUACAAUCAGAACUUCAGCCUGGACCAUUGUCCUCUGGGGAACCAGGGCUACAAUCGGGUCCUACUGCAGCUGUUUGGGUUCACAGGGCACGGCAAGUCUGCCCUCAUAAACUCACUUAUGUAUGUUUUGAAUGCAGGAAAGUAUGAAGUACAUGCUAAAUCAGGGGUGAUAUCAAGUGGGGGUGCUGUAACCAUGGAGAGGAUAGCCUAUGGACUCACAGCCACCAUCACAGUGGUGGAUAACAGAGGGCUUGGAAGGAUGAACGAGUUUGAGAGAGGAAUGAUUUAUGCUCAGCUGGGUAACUUCAUGCCCCUUAAUGAGAAGGUGGAAUGGACAGACAGUUAUGAAGACUUUGUGUCCCAGCUGGAGGAUUCUGGGUUGGACCCAAAUUACACAGACUUUAUAGUUCCAGUGUUUGUUUAUAAGGUGCCGGCACCAUUGUCAGAGCAGGAGGGGUCGGAAAUAAGAGCUUUUUUCAAAAACUGCAGAAACCUGACAGGUGUUUUCCCAAUCGUUGUCCUCACCUUUAAAACAAGUGGAGAUUAUUUUGAGGUUGAAAAGAUGUUUAAAUGUUUGGGUGCAGAGGUGGUUGUGGCAGUGGAGAACUACUCCGAGGAGGAUCAGCUACAGACACUGGGGAGAAAUACAGAUUUCCUCAACCUCCUUAAAUCUGCUUUGGAUCAUGUCACGUUCCGGAUGGGGAACCCAAGGAACCCAAAGGAAGAACGUAUAGAGAGAAAGAAGUUUUUGCUCAAGUAUGUCCAUGAUAUUGCUAUGGCUGAAAGCAUAGAGAAAGAAAAGAUGAAGCAAGAGGAUAGGAAAGCCGAGCAGGAUACGAGAUAUCAGCUGCGGCGACAAGCAGAUCAGUGUGCCUCGCUGGCUUUAGUAGCAGAAUUAUCCAGAAUGACUCUAGUCAUGAUGGAAGCAUUAGCAGACUCGGAAGAAGAAGAAGAGUUUAUGGAAACAAGGGCAGCUAGGAGAGUCAGAGAGGCAGAGGAGGCCAAGCAAGCGAGGGAGGCUCAGAUGCAGGAUAGUAAAGAUAAGAAAGGUUGCUGCAUUCAGUAACAACUUGCAGUUUUGUAAUUGCUGUGCGUUAAAGGCAAAGUUCGCAUUUCGCGUUCCAGUUUCCUAUUUUUUUUGUCGAUUCAAGGUUUUUGGCGCUUAAAAAACUUGAAUUCGUCCGGGGUUUUAUUUCUUUUUUGGGAGCUACUAGUUAUGUCAAGUUAUGGUGUUUGUCUUUUGUCUCUGGAGAAAUUGAUAACGUAAGCAGUGGGUUUAUUGUGGUUUAUAUGUAUUGUAAAAACUAAUAAAAAGAAAGUUGGAAAAAAAAUAAAAAA